GGCGGGUCAGAAUUCCGACACAGGCGGACAACGAGUCGCCGGGCUCGCGCGCGGUUUCCUUUUCCGGGGUCUCUAUUUUGGCUCCUAGCAACGGGAAGUCAAGCGUCGGAACGGUGAAUCGGUUCUGGAAGCCCCGCGGCCUCAGGCUCCGCUUAGUUCCCACUUGUCAGCCGGGCCCCCCUGAGGUGAAUGUUUCCUAGGCCUCUGGCCUAGAAAUGUGGGGCGGACGUCGAGAGGCUUCUUGGCCUUCGCUCCUGACAGUGGGGACGCAGAAGAACUUUUCUCCAAGUGUGUGAGAAGAAGAAGAGGAGAACCAACAGCAGUAACAGUAGGGACUCGCAACCCACACUUUCCCGUGUUUAUUCACUGAAAUGUUCGUGGAAGGGAAUUGAGCACACAUACGGUAUCUCUGGCUAAACUUCCUGUUGUGUGCGCACACACCUGUAGUCUUCGGGCAAAAAAAAAUCUUAUUAAAACAAGUUGGGAACCAGAAAACGGUGCAUGUAGGUGAGUUUCAGGUUAAAUGCGAAUAGGAUAUGGCAGGUGAUUCUUACUGGUUUUACACUACAUACCUUGAGUAAGUUUUUGUUUAUGGGAGUGCUCUCUCACGGUCAUCCCCGCUGAAUUUUUCUGUUUAGAAAUUAUCAGUGCUUUUUGAAUUGACCUGUUGUUCCUGCACCAGUAUCCUGUAUCUGUGCACAUUGCUUUGUAAAGCCAUUUUUGUACCUAAAUUGGCAAGCAGCUUUUAAUAAAAACCUGCCUACUUGUAUCUUAAACAGCAUGAUACCUACUUGUAAUGAAAAUACUGUUUUAUGCAAUGUAAAUGCAUGUAACUAUAGUACUCAGAAGCUUGCAUUGACUUCCCAUAUGCUGCCAGUCUAGGUUCAAGGAUUUUUUAUUAAUUUACAAGGCUUUUAGCAACUUGGACCUGGGAUACCUCAGGGACUGACUGAUCCUUUACAGUAUUCCUAAUCACUGGGGCCAUCAAGGGAGUUGCUGUUAACACACGCCAUUGCCCCAUGGCUCGGAUGCAUGGUUUGUACACACAAAGAGCCUUACUGUCAGUAUUUUGGGCCCCCUUCCUGUUGAUCUCAUGCUUACUGAAGAUACUUUUAUUGCAACAAACUUUUUAAAUGAAUUCUGAUUGUAUAGAGUUCAUUUAUUUUUCAUCUUAUUGGACCUCCUGUACUCUAAUUAAAGAUGCUGAUGAUGCACUAGUCACCUUCCCUUAGACAGCAUGUCGAAGAAAUCGGAGGCUCCACUGUCCUUAUCUGACUGUCGCUGUAAUAUCUGCAUGGAGAUUUUACUGGAACCAGUCACACUGCCAUGCAACCACACUCUCUGCAAUUCCUGUUUUCAGCUUACAGUGGAAAAGAGCAGCUUGUACUGCCCUUUCUGUCGUCGGCGAGUCUCUUCUUGGGCACGAUAUAAUGCCCGCAAUAACACUCUUAUUAAUUUGGAAUUAUGGGAAAAGAUUCAAAAACAUUUUCCUGAAGAAUGCCAACGCAGAAUUAGUGGACAGGAUAUAGAAGAAGAUAUGUGCCUACAUCAGCCAGUGCGCUGUUUAAGUAAACCUGGAGAAUUAAGACAGGAGUAUGAAGAAGAGAUAAGCAAGGUAGAAGCAGAACGACUGGCUCAUGAAGAAGAAGCAAGCAAUGCAAGCAAAGAGUAUAUUCAAAGGCUAUUGGCAGAAGAGGAAGAAGAGCAGAGGCUAGCAGAAGAAAGAAAAAAACAGAUGGAAGAACAAUUACUACUAGAUGAAAUAUUGGCACAGAAACUAAGUUGCGAUCUGAACAGCUCUGCUGAGGAGCACAUGAAGAGCAGCCUGUCACCUGGGCCCUCCCCCUCUGAUUCUGGCAAAACAUCAAAAAGCAAAUGCUGCAGUUUUGUGGACAUUAAAAAGUAUUUGUCUCCAAAGCCCUUUAAUUCCUUGCCUCCAAUGAGGUGUUUAAAAAAAUUGCAAGAAGAACACUCUGGCUCCUUUUCUGAGGAGAGCAGCAACACUAAAAACAUCUGUACAUCAAGAGAAAAGGGAAGAGAAAAUGAAAUGCCCACACUAUCUCCACAGGCAAUCAGGGAGGCAAAGAGAGGUGCGGAUGGUUAUGACUAUAAAAAUGAGAGUUUUACAACAGACAUGCAGUUGAGAACAUCUCAAGAAUCCUUCCCUGAAGCAGCAGCUGAUUCAUACUUAAAUGAUAAAAGGAAAAGAAUUUUCUCACAAACUGAUGAUGAAGAAGAGAUGGAUGAUAUAGAAAGGCAGAUAAGUUUGGAGCAGCAGUUUUAUGAAAGGCAAAAGCAAGAAGAAGAGGAUAGACGUCUGGCUCUGAAGCUUCAGAGGGAAAUGUACAAAGAGCAGAACAUGCUAAAUCGCCAAAAAGGGUCUCCAGAUGAAUACCAUUUGCGUCCUACAACAUCUCAGUCAGUAAAAGAAUCUCCAGUUGCAAGGAAACGGAGCAGGCUUUCAAAGAACUCAAAGUCUUCAAACAGCCCACUUGAAACAGAUAAACGAAAACUACACAGAAACUCCCACAAUGAGAACUGGAAACCCUCUAACCAGCUCCAGGCAAAGUCACCUUCUGUAAAAGGAGGAAAUGUUUUGAAUUGUGUCAACAGCUCUAACUCAAAAGAUGCAGAAGUGCUUUCAAGCAAGCAAACAACAAUUCUUCAGAUGUUUAAGAGGCCUGCAACAAACUAGAUGAACAGUAGUACUUUCAUGACAUUGAUUGGAGUUAAUGAAGGGGCACUGUUGAAAAGCUGACCGAGUCAAAGAAUUAUUUCUUCAGGGAUCAAGUGCUCUCAGAAUUAAUGUGAAACUUGAUUGGGAACCAGUAGUCCCUGCUGUAUGCCCACUUGCUUUUACUUGUUGCAAUUCAGUUCUUUAACACAUGCACGGUAACAGGUUGCUCUGAAUGUCAAGAGAGAUGUUUGUUUAAAACCAUCAUGCACUACAGCUCAUGUAGUGUUCAUUGUGUAAUCAAACCAGUUUCCUAUUACACCCUCCCAGUUCCUUACCACAACAAUAGUAAGAAAAUUUGAAAAGAUAUGUAAACCUGGCUUGAACUGAGACAUCACUCAGUUUGAUGGGUCAGUAUAACCUUGACACUGUUGAUGUUGUUGAUUCAGACUUACACUUUUAUUGUUGGAACACAUAGUAAAUGACCCAGAUGUCAUCCUUCACAUCUCCCCUAUAUAUAUCUGCCCUGAACUUAAGAAUUCCUAUUUUUUUCCAAGUGUUUUUUCUAUUUCUUGGAAUUAUUAGAUUAGAACAUAAUCCAUUAAAAUGGCUUUCAAGCUUCAUGAGAAAACUAUCCUAUCUUGAAUGAAUUUCCACAGUUCAGUAGGGGAUCUUAAAAUAUAUUCAAGUAAUGUCUGAAGAUGGAGCUUGUGCAUAUGUUUUGUUUUUGUUAAUAAUUCAUAUUUUUACAGUAAUAAAUACAUUUCCCAUAAAAAACAUGGUGACAUUAAAUAAUCUCCACAAUAUGCUGUAUAUAAAUGAAUAUUAUGUUCAUAUUCUAAAUUUCAUAAUAACCAUCUCAUGAGCAAUAUUUUUAUAAUGUCUUACAAUCUGUAAACUAGUUACAGCUCUGAUAAAAAUGAAACUUAAAGACCCCUCCCUGAACCUCAGAGUUAGUUUGAUGAAAUGAAGAUUACUUCAAAAAAUUUCGUAGCCAAUGUUAUGUAGAAGACUUCUCAGUUAUUUUCUCCUUUUUUGGAAUAUUUGCUGCACAUAGUAUAUUAAUCAGAAGUUAAGGUCAUCUGGGUAGUAAAUAUUAAGAUACAAUUGGACAGUCUCCUUCCUUCCACAAACAUAUUAUUUCAGACUGUUUGAAUAGUACAGCAGCUCCAUCACAUUUACAGGCAACUCCCCAAUUGUACACAAUCAGCACACACGCUCUCACUGACAUGCACACCAAAAAUGGUACUGGGGGCUGGGUGAACAGGGAAAUCCCUGUUUGCAUGCAGAAUGGAACUGCUGCAUAAGUGGGGAUUCCCCUGUAGUUGUUUGCUCUUAAUUUGAAGCACUGCCAACUUACAUCCAAUAUUGUAUAUAUUCAACUGGAUUGAGGUACACUUUAUAGAAAACUUUAAAAAUAACUCUCUUUAGUUCUAAUUGAUUAAAUUCACUUUAAAAACAAAUUUUGCACAUUUCAGAGAGAUCGUGGUGGUCUGCCUACCAUUUUUUAUAAGCAUUUAAUCAUUUUAUCAUACUGAAUUAGAACUGUUGAGUGUUCCUGCUCAGUUUUCCAGUCAGCCAUACCCUCUUCAAUGACAUUCUAAUUGUUAUUUAUAGGUUUUUUAAAAAUUCAUGAUACCCUUUUUGAUAGUCCUACACACCCAUUUUUCCAUUUUCCAUCAACAGUAUUCUGUGACCACUGAACAUGUUUGGUACUCAUUAGACUAUUUGGGGGGGGGGGUUCUUCCCUCUUAAGAUUUUCAAACCUCAGAGCCACAUGCUGAUACCGCCAUUUUGUGCAUGGAUUGUGCAGUUUUGGCUAUAAAAGCAACAGAACUCACUUCCACAUCAGAAACAUAGUUUACUUGCAAUUUGCAUACAUUUAACUUGCACAAUCACAGCUUUAUGCGCUUGGUGGCCAGUCAGAACUCAAUUGUACAGAUUGCACACUGGGUUUCUUCUGUGCAGAAAGACCUUUUAAGCUCUCUGACUGGCCUCUGGGAAGGUCUCACAAGAUCUUGCGGGACUGUCCAAAAUCUCACAAAGGCCUCCAGAGUCCAUGCAAGACCUUCCAUUUCCCUGCUACUUCUACCUUUUACCCUGGUUAGUGCAAGCACAGCUGGAUGUGCUGCUCCAUCAUACUCCCACUUCUUCCAGUCAUGGAUUAGGAUUGCAACCUAAACUAGGAAUCAAAUUGACCUGACCCUGCUUCAAAACUCACUUCACGAAUCAACUAGAUAGCCUUAAGUUAACUACUUUAAGCACCAGUCCUUUUUGCAAUGUGGGAAAUACUGACUUGCCUUAUAUGAUGAUGCCUAUACAGCAGUGGUAACCAGAAGUUGGACUACAAUUCCCAUCAGCCCCGGUCAUGGUGACCAGUAGUCAGGGAUGCUGGGAGUUUAGUCCAACAGCAUCUGGAGGGCACCACGUUGGCUGUCCAUGGCUUAUACGAUAAUUGUAAAAAAUGUAGAAGUACAAGUCCAGCAGGAGGAGGAGCAAACGUAUACAUUUACUCAAGUACUUCACUGAUACUAGAACAGAUACUGCAUGAAAGCGAUAUACAAAAAUGAUUGCUAUCAUUUCCAUUCUAGAUGUUCUACCUAGCUCAGCUGGACACGACAGUGCUUAUGUGGUCCACCAGGAGAGGGUGUGUCUGGCUUGUCUUCAAGGUAGUGCCAUGGGGACUCCACUCGAAGGCAGCUCAUGUCAGCCCCACUACUUUCUGUAGCUGUGCAUUACUUUCCAUGAAGCCCAUUCUUUAUUAUAAUUAUUAUUUAUUAGAUUUGUAUACCACCUUUCAUCUGAAGAUGACAGGGCAGUUCACAACAUAAAAAUACAAAAUGAGAGCAGAAAAUGCGUAACAACCCCCCCAAAAAACAAACCAAUAAACCCCACUCCCAUAAAUACAUUUUAAAAGGCCUAGUUACAGAGAAAUGUUUUCGCCUGGCAUCAAAAGAUAAGUAAUGAAGGUGCCAGGUGAGCCUCCUGGGGGAGAGCAUUCCACAAGUGAGGAGCCACCAAAGAAAUGGCCUGUUCUUGCAUUGCCUCUGAAGAAGGGCCUCUGCUGAUGAUCACAGGGUCCAGGCUAGUUAAUAUGCAGGGGGGUGGGGAGGCGCGUAUUUUAAGUAUUUUUAGGUGAGGUAAAGGUAAGGGAACCCCUGGACAGUUAAGUACAGUCAAAGGCGACUAUGGGGUGCGGCACUCAUUUCACUUUUCAGGCCGAGGGAGCCAGCGUUUGUCCACAGACAGCUUUCCGGGUCAUGUGCCCAGCAUGACUAAACUACUGACACAUGGAGGACCGUGAUGGACCGCAUGGAAACGCUGUUUACAUUCCCGCCUCAGCAGUACCUAUUUAUCUUAUUGC